AUGAAGAUCUUCUCAAUCAUCACAUUCUUCUCUAUUGCCUUCUUGACCCAGGCACAGCAACUCCCUGGAGGGCUUCGUGGAAGUGCUAGUCAGCCACUUGUAGAUUCUUCAAGCACAGUUUCUUCAGCCCUCAACCAGAAGACUACCGCAACGGCACAAACUGCAAACAUAGAUGUAUCUGCUAUUGAACAAGUACAGAAUAAGUCAGUCCUCAUCACCAUUGAAUAUGGCAGACAGUUUCAAGCUCAGCAAUACACUUUUGAAUUGAUUGAACACAGUGUGAAUGGUUGGAACAAAAUACGGAGUUGGGGUACGUUCCCCCCAUCUGGGUAUGCUGCAGUUAGGAAGGAUGAUUUGAAGGCUGGACACAGGUAUGAAUUCUUCAUGAAGCCCCAAGUACCAGAAUCUACUCAAAAAGAAGCAGGAAAUGUCAAGAUUGAUAUUUUGGACAUUGCUCAUUUGCAGCACUUGCCUGGUGUCGAGAGCUUGAUUCAAAAAGCAAACCCUGUCUAUGCCUUUGAGGAGUCAGUAUCUGAACUGGUCGAAGCUGGAGCAGACAUCACAUUUACGUUCUCCUUGUAA